AUGAGUGCGACUGAAUGGGGCGGCACACUAUCAGCGAUGUUCGGUGUUGGCGGGAAGGCUCGAGGAGGAGCGAGCAAUGGGCGGGAAGGAGGGCGAGGUGCAGCAACCGUGGCGGCUCCAGGCGGCUUGCAGCAGAAGCAGAAGACCGAUGUACGCAGACGGCUCCCAGACUGGAGCGCGGGCGAGGCGGGAGAGGAAGUAGGGCAUCCGAGCGAGGAGGACGGUCUCGAGGAUGGGAAGGAAAAUCAGGACUCGAGUGACUCGCAGCUCGAGGGCGAUGAACUCGACAAACUGGCGGCGGCCAUUCUGUGGCAGGCAGGAAUCACGACAGACGCUUCCCCUCACCCGUUUCUCGUUGUCGCCGCGUCCCGAAGUCCCCCUUCGAGCGAGGUCUCGCAUCCCGACUUGCUCACCAGACUGCGGCUACGACUCGAACAGUUCGCCGAGCGAGGGCCUUACUCAGUCAUCCUCUUCGUCAACCCCGCCCCGAACAGCCCGUCGACGGCACAUCUCGUCGCUGCUUACCUCGCCUUGUCUCGUACCGCGCGCAAGAACGUCCAGCACGUCUACGUCGUCGGUGGUGGCUGGUGGAGCAGUAUCCUCGUCACGCUCUUCUCGGCGACCCUCCUGUCGGUCCGGACCAUCACCUCGCGCGGCAAGCUCGUGCAGUGCCCGAGUCUCAGCAGUCUCGCCGAGUCGGUCGGCGGCAAGGCGUUCGUGCAGAUUGACGUUCCGCUCGAGAUCUACGUCGCGAAUGCCGCUGUCGAGAAGGCGAUCAAGCUGCCUGAGGCGGACGACCAGGUUCCCCGGACGUUCGGCGUUUCGCUGGAACAGCUCGUUGGCAAGGACCGCAAGCGAUUGCCGCGCCUCGUGCGCGACUGCCUCGCCGUGUUGGCUGCUGGAGGCCCCGCCUCUGUCGGCAUCUUCCGACGCUCGCCGUCCGCCUCGACCGUCUCUCACCUUGCCGCCGCGUACGACCGAGGACACCCCGUCACGCUCUCCUCGGCUCCGGACGCGCCAUACAUCGCUGCCUCGCUACUCAAGAAGCUCCUACACGACCUUCCGGACCCGUUCAUCCCGCGCGACACCUGGGACGCCAUCAAGGCUUGCCCGCUCGACGACGACCUCGCAGUCCCUUACCUUCGCACCAACUUCCUCCCUCUCCUUCCUUCGGCUUCUCGGCACCUCCUCUCGCGUCUCGUCUCCGUCCUGUCCGCCAUCGCAGCCAACCACUCACACAACCUCAUGACCUCUUCGAACCUUGUCAUCUGCCUCUGUCCCGCAUUGAUGGGCGGACUCGGUGCGUCGCGCGAUGAACUGGAGAUGUGUCGCGUACCGGGGAUGGAGGUGGGGAGUAUGAGGGGACUGGAGACGAUCAAGCGGAGGGAGAGGGCGGGGAACACGCUGGGAGGAGUGUUGAGAGUUAUGAUCGACCGGCAGAGCGACCUAGUCGACCCGCCCGAACCAUCCGCCUAA